AUGAAGGCCCUCCGCGAUUUAACAGUCUUGAGGAAAGAUUUACAAGGAUGGACAGAUAACUUAGCUUGGGGACCGGAUGGUACUUUAUAUAUCACUACGGUACCGGACCUUACAAGAUGCCAACCGGUGUACAACAAGACAGUAACCAACAAUAGUAUAGAUUUAUUCCAUGUCAAAGAACACAAAUUGUCAUUACCCAACAAACUAGAGUUUGAAAAUGCUCAGGAAAACAUCAUGCUAAAUUCGCUACCGGAAAGUUUCAUUACCCAGUGUCAGGCCUCUCCCGUUAACAAUCUGCUGGCAGUUGUGACAAACAACGGAGGUGUAUGCAUAUACGAGAACGACUUUUUGAUUUCCCAGCUAGAUGAGCCCGGGAAAAUGCUCAAUGAACGUACGUAUCAUUCAGUCUCAUGGAGCCAUGACGGAACAAUGAUCGCUACCGGUAACGAAUGCGGACAGGUGGUUCUGUUUUCAUGCAACACUACAAAGGGUACUUGCUUUGAAUUCAAGUCUUCAAUUAAUUUGGAUGAUGAGUCUAAAAGCUGGGUUACCAAAUUAAAGUGGGUUGAUGGAAACCUGCUGGCUGCAUUGAGCAACAAUGCCGUCUUUCUUAUCAAUUGCGACUUUACUCAUACCCGGAUCAAAGAACCAUCCAGAUUCGCUAUUUUCGAUCUAUGCGCUAUUCAGUCUAACAUACUUAUCACGACAAUUGGCUCGGUUUACAGAUACGAACUAGCUGAUAAAAAAGCCGACGUCAUUCCAUGGAAUGGAUAUGAAGAACUUUACAUCGUUCCAGUUCCCAAGCAAAAUAAGGCUAUCAUCAUAUCCAACACAAAGAGUUGCACUCUUGAACUGAAUCAAGGUAUUCGAUUAUCAGAGGAUCAAAUACUAGCUCCUCAUCUGGAGACCAAGUUCAGGCGGUGGAACAGUUAUUUUAAUGAACUGAAUAACUAUGAGACUAACUUGUUGAUACAUGGCAUAUCAAUAUCUUGCGAUGGGGCUUCUGUGGCACUGCUCUACAGCAUUGAUAGACUAUCGAUAAGAUAUAGGAUUGUCUCUGAGCAGGUCUACAGGAUCUGUAUCUUGCCCCUUGCCGAUGACUGGGAAAUCAGGCCCGAAUCUUCUGGAUUAGCAUGGUAUCAAAACUACCAGAUAUAUGGCAAGAAAUUGCCAUCAAAUUACACUGAACAGGCUCCAAGCCCCGAACUGAACGUGACCGUAGAAUUUCCGACGUUUCUUGGAGAACUGAUGAGUAGUGACAGCAUGAAUAUCUUGAGAUUUUCCAACUAUUUUGGAGAGAAGCCGGAUAAUCAUCUUUACAAAAAGGCCAUAUACGAGUACGCCAUGGCGCACAGAGAUAAGAUUACCAAUGUACUGGAUAAGGCUUGUGUUUUAUCGAUCUCUCACAUUUUGGCACUGGUUAGCCCCUUUGAAAUAGAUUGUUAUGUGAUGAAAAGCGAGUUUAUUGAAGAAACCUUUACGGCGGCAGUUGGAGAAGAAAAAGAAACUGUACGGUCAAUGGAGGGCCAUGUAUGGAAACGAUGUGCGGCUACCUUUCUUCCGCUACUAACUCCUGAGGUUAAAAUAUGUCCAGUGACAGGUUUCCGAAUGAUUGACUUGCAGAAGGAUCAUUACAACGAAUACGGAUGGCUCACCACUUCACUAUUGCAGCUUUCCAACAGGCAAAGCAUUUAUAGCGGAACGAAAAUGAUAUAG